AUGAACUCUUCUUUGAAUGGUAGGAUUCCAGACCGCACUUUAGGCCGGAGCGCAUCUUCAUCUGCAGCUGAGCCAGCUGGAUAUCCGGGAGGGUCGUACGAUACGUCUCUUUUGGUGAAGUACGAGCAUCAUGUUGCUCGGCAUUUAUGGUUUGGUGAGGAAAAAGGUCCAAAGAAAGAGUUGAAGGUUGCUGGACAUGGACUGAAGCUGACAUCUAGGGUUCCAUUGGCUCUUCCACCACAGAUGGAGAGUUGGGUAUCUAGAUCUGGUUUAUCUUCACUUCAGAGAACUAGUCUGAACAAGAUAGACACAAAUCUUGUCUCUGCAUUUGUGGAAAGAUGACAUCUAGAGACAUCUUCAUUUCACAUGCCGUUUGGUGAAAUGAGCAUUACUUUGGAUGAUGUCUCAUGUCUGCUUCACUUGCCCAUCAGGGGUAUCUUCUGGAGUCCUCAGGAUGUCACGGAAGAGGUAGUUGUUGAACUUGUUGUUGACUACUUAGGAGUGUCACAGGGUGAGGCACAAUCACAUGUUCAUAGCUGCAGGGGUUCGUAUUAUAAGUUGGAGUGGUUAUACGAUUUAUUCGUACAGCAUAGAGCUGCUUCCA